AUGGCCGUCCGCGUCUACCGCCGUCGCCGCUACCGCUGGCCCGAACUCCAACUCAACAUCUGGAUCAUCGUCGUCCUGGCCGCCUCCGCCAUCUGUCUCGGGAUCUUCGCCUGGUUCAUGGCCGUGCAGUCACAGCUGCGGCUAGGCACGCCUUGGCUCUUCCCCUACAUGGUCGUCAGCGGCAGCCUCAGCGUCUUCUUCAUCCUACUCAUCCUCAUCCUCGCAGCCCAGCGCUUCCUCCUCCCCGGCAUCAUCAUCAUCGGCAGCUUUAUCCUCUUCGUGCUCUGGUUGACGGGCCUGAUCGAGACCUCGCUGCAGCUGUAUGGGGUUGUGGGGAAUGUGAACGAUAAUUGCCAGAACUAUGUAGUUGAGAACCCGUCCACGGGGAAUAAUAUCGACACGAUGGCGUGGCUGGCGCAGAAUACGAUAUGUAAUUGCUGGAAGACCGCGUUUGCGUUCGAACUCGUCAAUACCAUCUUCUUUCUGUGGAUGAUGGUCAUGUCCUGGCAGGUGAAUCGGGAUGUAUAUGGGUGA